CCACCCAUAGCUGCCCUUUUAGAUCAGGAAAAGGCGUACGACCGUAUACACCCAGAAUAUCUCCGCCAACUUCUUCUGCGCUUUGGUUUCCCUACCUCGAUCGUCUCCAGCUUAUGCACCCUUUUCUUUGGCACACGAAUCUCUGUAUCGAUCAAUGGCUGA